AGCAUUGUGUUGCAAACAUUGAAAACAGUCAAAAUGGAACGUUGGACUGGGAAAGUUGCGAUCAUAUCUGGAGCCAGCUCCGGAAUCGGAUCUGCCGUAGCAGUUGAUUUGGUUCAGGCCGGUAUGACAGUGGUUGGCCUGGCUCGACGAGCAGAACGUGUCGACGAGUUGCAAAAAGUAAUUCCAGCCAAUGCUAAAGGAAAACUUUACAGUUUGAAGUGUGAUAUAUCAAAUGACAACGACGUUAAAAAAGCGUUUGAGUGGAUCGAAAAGACGUUCGGUGGAGUUCAUGUUUUGGUUAAUAACGCUGGAGUAUCCGUACUUACAUCACUGACGGAUGAUGGGAAUGAGGAUCAAUUGAAAAAUGUUAUUCAAACCAAUUUAUGGGGACUAGUUUCGACUACAAAGAAAUUUUUUGCAAUUGUUAAGAAGUAUAAUGUUGUCGGUGCUCAUGUUAUAAAUAUCAAUAGUGUGUUGGGCCACGAUGUCUUUCCAACGCCACUUGGAAGAAAUCCAAUUUAUAAUGUCUAUCCGGCAAGUAAAUUCGGGGUGACAGCAGUCACGGAAACGCUACGCCAAGAAUUCAGCUAUCAUGGAUUGAAGACAAAAGUUACGAGCAUAAGUCCUGGAUUAGUCACUACUGAGAUGACCACCAAAAACGGAGCCGAUAGGAUUUUUAAGAACACACCGGCUCUGAAACCUGAAGAUAUCUCGCAGGCAGUACUCUAUACACUGGGAACGCCAGAACACGUACAGGUUCACGAGAUAACUGUCCGACCAUUCGAUUUCAGCAAAUUGGAUAUAAAGCAAAAUGUACGCAGCAAAAUGUAAACCUAAUCUCUUGAAAAUUUAGAAGUUUUUCGUGGAAUGAACAUUAAAUCU